AUGGCUGUCCCGACCGCUUCGUCCCUGGUCGCGAUAGCGACAACUUUUGCUGCUGCAACCGGCAGUCUCGCCUCGUACUCCGGCACGAUACCAUCGCCUUCGCCAAGCGCACACAUGUUAUACAAUCACGGGUCACAUCCUGCAGACACGGGUCAGAAUCAAGAUGGCGAUGAAAAUGGGGAAUGCAAGCUCCUGGGCCCCUUUUCCCUCUUCGUGCAAGCGGCCCUCGGGGCCCUGGCGUUAUUAUCUCUGGUUUAUAAGCGGUGGAAAGAACGCCCACAACGUCCGGUGAAGGUGUGGGCUUUCGAUGUCUCGAAGCAAGUUUUUGGAUCGGCGAUGCUUCAUCUGGCAAAUCUGCUCAUGUCCAUGUUCUCGGCGGGACAGCUGGAGAUUCGGAGGGAAUAUAAGCCGAACCCUUGUUCAUUCUACUUAUUGAACCUAGGAAUCGAUACUACCCUUGGCAUUCCGAUCCUCAUCCUAAUCCUGCGCGUUCUCAACUACUUUGCGUCGUACACCCCUCUUGCGAAUCCUCCAGAAUCUAUACAAUCUGGCAAUUAUGGUCAGCCACCACGUGCGACCUGGUGGUUUAAGCAAGCCAUCAUCUACUUCCUGGGCCUGCUGAGCAUGAAAAUCUGCGUCUUCUUCCUGAUCCAGCUGCUACCGUUCAUCGUCAAGAUCGGUGAUUGGGCUUUGCAAUGGACAGAAGGAAAUGCCGUUGUCCAGAUAUGCUUUGUGAUGCUCCUCUUUCCCGUGAUCAUGAACGCCAUCCAGUACUACAUCAUCGAUACUUUUAUCAAAAAGCCACUCUCUUACGACUUGUACGCCGAGGACGAUACAAUCGAAGAUGUGGUCGAGGACGACUCCCACCAUCGAAAUGCUCUUCUGGCUGAUCAGGACGAAGACUAUGCAUCUGACUCAGGCGAUGAAUCGCCCGGCAAACCAUUGGGCACCCUCUCUCAACCCAAAGCCACCGCGACUGCUCUUCAGGAAUCGGAGCACCACCUGAUCGAGGACCACUCAUCGGUUCCCCCUUAUGAGCCACGUAGAUGGAUCAGCAGCCAUGGCGAACAUGAUGAAAUACCCUCUGCACCGAAGCAAACACAUCCCUGA